AUGACGUCACCAUUCGAUAACUUGUCAUGCCAUCACUCCAUCGAUGACUUCCGAAACAGAGUCUACUCCACGCUCUACUCCAUGAUCAGCAUCAUGGGCUUUGUCGGCAACGGUGUUGUGCUGUACAUACUCAUAAAAACAUACCGGCAGAAGACGGCCUUCCAGGUGUACAUGCUGAACCUUGCCGUGUCCGACUUUCUCUGCGUGUGCACCCUGCCCCUGCGUGUCAUCUACUACGUCCACAAAGGGAACUGGUUCUUCAGUGACUUCCUAUGCAGGAUCAGUUCGUACGCGUUGUACGUCAACCUGUACUGCAGCAUUUUUUUCAUGACUGCAAUGAGCUUCUUCCGUUGCAUAGCCAUCGUUUUUCCAGUCCAGAACAUCAACUUGGUAACGGAGAAGAAGGCUAAAUUUGUCUGUGUUGGCAUCUGGAUUUUUGUUACCCUGACAAGUGCUCCCUUCCUGGGAAAUGGGACGUACCAACAUGGCAACAAGACCAAGUGCUUUGAACCCCCGGAAGACUCUCAGAAGACAAACCUGGUCGUGAUCCUGGAUUUUAUUGCCCUGUUUCUGGGUUUCAUUUUUCCCUUUAUUGUCAUAACUAUCUGCUACACCAUGAUCAUAAGGACCUUACUGAAAAAUUCCUUGAAGAAGAACCAGGCUAACCGCAAGAAGGCAGUCUGGAUGAUCAUCAUCGUGACGGCCACCUUCCUGGUGAGCUUCACCCCGUACCACAUUCUGCGUACGGUCCACCUCCAUGUGCUGCGGCUGAAGAAUACCAGCUGUGAGGAUGCCAUAUACCUCCAGAAAUCGGUCGUGGUAACGCUCCCCUUGGCAGCUGCCAACUGCUGCUUUGAUCCGCUUCUUUAUUUCUUCUCAGGGGGCAACUUUCGGAAGAGACUUACCACUCUUAGGAAGGCUUCUUCCUCCAGCUUAACGCAAGCCUUCAGGAAAAAGUUCUCCAUAAAAGAGAAAGAUGAGGAACCCUUUGGAGAAAGCCAUAGGGAGAAUGAAAAGGAAGCCGUGACCCUUUCAUAA